AAAAUAACUAACAAACCAAAAUAGACAGUUUAUUUUUGCAAACCUACCUUUGGCCCCACCCUGGAUAAGUAUAGGUAAAUGUGCAUAUGUAUGUCUGGAUCUGUAUCUAUCUGCCUUCAUCAGCAUCCAUAUUCUGUGUCCUCAUGCGUCCAGCAGGCUCAUUAAAUGCCCAACAUGCAGAAACCAGAAAGGGAAUGCAUGAACGAGAGAAUGGCCUGAACAAAUGAGUGAAGAGGUGAAUGGAUAAACUUUAUCUUGCCUGUACUGAUCUUGCCUUCCUGCUACAGUGGGGGUAUUGCCAGGCCUCCUCGUUGGCCUCCCCCUGCCUAACUGGUGAGCUGGGCACCCAGCACCCCUAACUCAUGGGAUAAAAUCCACAAGAAUCUUAGGUAACUACAGGUGAUAAGGAGUGUGAUAUAACAGACUAGAGAAUCCAAACAUCAUCAUUUUGCUGUUGCCCAGCAUCCGGCAGGUACAUCCACAUUAGGGACAGCUACCAGUUGCCCUGGGCCAAGCACUGAUCUUCACAACACCCCUGUGAAGCAGUAAGAAAACUGCAGCCAAAAGAAGGACCCUGGCUUUGGAAGGUGGAGUCCAGGCCGAGGAGGUAGAUGCUGUCCUUGGUCGGCUCACGCCCAUCCAGAUGUAGGACGCCGGCCGGCCGGGCAGCCAUGGAGUGGCACAACGACACCAGCCAGGCUCUGGGCUCGCCGCCGACCACCUGUGUCUUCCGGGAGAACUUCAAGCGGCUGCUGCUGCCGCCCGUGUACUCGGUGGUGCUGGCGGCCGGCCUGCCGCUCAACCUCUGUGUCAUCGCCCAGAUCUGCGCGUCCCGCCGGGCCCUGACCCGCUCGGCCGUGUACACCCUGAACCUGGCCCUGGCCGACCUGCUGUACGCCUGCUCCCUGCCCCUGCUCAUCUACAACUAUGCCAGGGGCGACCACUGGCCCUUCGGCGACGUCACCUGCCGCCUGGUGCGCUUCCUCUUCUACGCCAACCUGCAUGGCAGCAUCCUCUUCCUGACCUGCAUCAGCUUCCAGCGCUACCUGGGCAUCUGCUACCCGCUGGCGCCCUGGCACAAGCGCGGGGGCCGCCGGGCCGCCUGGGCCGUGUGCGGGGCCGUGUGGCUGGCCGUGGCCACCCAGUGCCUGCCCACCGCCUUCUUCGCCUCCACCGGCACCCAGCGGAACCGCACCGUCUGCUACGACCUGAGCACGCCCGCCCUGGCCGCCCGGUACCUGCCCUACGGCAUGGCCCUCACGGUCAUCGGCUUCCUGCUGCCCUUCGCCGCCCUGCUGGCCUGCUACUGGCGCCUGGCCCGCCGCCUGUGCCGCCGGGACGGCCCGGCCGGGCCCGUGGCCCAGGAGCGGCGCGGCAAGGCGGCCCGCAUGGCCAUGGUGGUGGCCGCCGUCUUCGCCGUCAGCUUCCUGCCCUUCCACGUCACCAAGACGGCCUACCUGGCCGUGCGCUCCACGCCCGGCGUGUCCUGCCCCGUGCUGGAGGCCUUCGCGGCCGCCUACAAGGGCACACGGCCCUUCGCCAGCGCCAACAGCGUGCUGGACCCCAUCCUCUUCUACUUCACCCAGAAGAAGUUCCGCCGGCGGCCGCACCAGCUGCUGCAGAAGCUCACGGCCAAGUGGCAGCGGCAGGCCCGCUGAGCCCGCCGGGCAGGACGGACCCGGUGUCUCACCGACAGCUAUUUAUUGAGCCCUUUUUUUUUUCCUGGACCCAGGCCCCGUGGGCGCAGGCACAGAGCAGCCUGAGCCUGGCCCCGCAGAAGGCCCCCUGAGCCACAGAGAGCUGGAGAAGCCGUGUGAAGCUGCUCACACAAAACUGUGUGUGGCCGAAACC